AUGGCCAUCCGAUGUUCCCGCACAUUCCCGUGCGCCAAUUGCUCCGCAGCUUCGGCUAAGUGCGAGUUUCGGGAGAGCGACUUCAAACGGCCGCCGGUGUCACGUGAGUAUGUUGCGGCACUGGAGUCUCGCAUCGCCUCGCUUGAGGGCUUCUUGGCUCGGCUCAAGGAGGCUAGCAACGAUGAGCGAAACCAGAUUUUGGACGAAGUUGAGAUCAAAGACUACGUGCCGUCUUUCUCUAGCUUGCCCUUGGAGGACGAAGCAGCGUUGAGUGAGGCUUUGACCAAGGCGACCUUGCAAGAGACUUUGGAUGGCUCUAUGAUUUACCACGGCCCAACCAGCAUCUUUCAAAAUGACUACGGAGAUACUUGUGGCAGCUCAUCCGGCAACUCAAAGAAGUCACCCUUCCAGGAUGACAGAAGCAACCUGAUCAACCAGACAAUGCGUUUGUGCUUGGGUCUGUUCUUCUACUGGCAGUACCCCUUGUUCAUGUUCAUCGACAGGGAGGCUUUUGUAGCCGAAUUCGAGGACAACCCCAUCGACGGCGACUUUUGUUCUCCUCCUCUGAUUUACGCUGCAGCUGCAAUCGGAGCUCUAAUGUCGAAGGAUCCUGAGAUCAGGUCCCGGGCGCAAGGUUUCGCGGAUACGGCACAAAGUAUCCUGACAACGGAGGGUCUCAGCGCCCCGAGACCAACCUCUGUGCAGGCUUUACUUUGCUGUGGAUAUUACGAGGUCGGACAAGGAAACAUUUCGAGGGGCUGGAUGUUCGCUGGUAUGGCUUUCAGAAUGGGCCAGGACAUUGGCUUUCAACGAGAACCGACCCACUGGGGCUCAGAAGACAGGCCGAACUCGAAGUCGCCGUUUCCUUUCGAUAACGAAUUUCGACGCCGAAUAUACUGGGGCUGUUUCUUGUCUGACAAAAUCUUCAGUUUGUUUCUCGGGCGCCCAACAUUCAUGUACGAGAAUGACGCCGAUGUCAAUUUGAGCGAGCCACUGCCUCAUGACCCUCCGGUUUGGGAAAACUGGCUCUUUUCCCAUGACCUUGGCUUUCUGAAGACGGUACGCCCGGCUGGGCCAAAAUUGACUCUGCUGUUCAACCAGCAAAUAGAGUUGGCCCGAAUAAUUCACGACAUGCUGUCUACCACAUUUGCGCCUAGGAAAAAGACCGAUGCGCAUGCCAGGAGAUGGACUGAGGUGUCUCUUAAUAAGCUGAACGCCAGACUUGUUGCCUGGCAUGAGGCUCUCCCGACCAAUAUGAGAUGGAAGAAGUGGUUUACCAACAAGGAUAACCUGCAAGUCAACGUGGCCAUUUUACACACUCUCUACCACAGCACGCGCAUCAGCCUUAAUCUGCCCUUCAUAGCCUCGAUAGGAUCCAUGCCAUCGUUGUCAGAAGACAAGCCCGAAAAUGAAAAGAACCCGCUCGCCCAGUCGUUCAGAGUAUGCAGAGCGGGGGCGGAGGGUAUCGUGGAUGUGUUGCAGCGUUUCAAGAGCGAACACACCCUCGGCAAUGCGCCUCUUCUGCACAUGAGUAAUCCCUCGUCACUAGCCAACGACACCCUGCUGCCUAUAUUGGACGACGCACUGCAAGACAUGGCUCAUUCGUGGUCACUUGCGGGAGAGGCCAGGCUGAAGUUCAAGAGCGUGCUGGAUGCGAAGACCCGUCGCAGUGCUGGUCCACCUACAGAGGCAGAGAAACAUGUCUCGGGAUCUCGCAGCGCCUCAGAAGUGCCCGCGUCGGUGCCGGUCUUACAUGAGGAGCUUUCGAAAACGGCCGCAACGACUCCAGCCCCCAAUAUGGCCUCGCCCGGGCCUGGUGUGCCCAUCGAUCCUACCCUCAUCACACCGGGGGAUGAAUCACUAGGAAACAUGGGAAUAGCAACACAAAGCGGUGACUUGGAAACUCCUGGACACCAUGUCUGGGAGCCGAUGAGCGUUUUGGACAGCGAAUCGGCGUAUUGGGUUGGAGUAGGCGACAAUUUCCUGGCUGAAUCAGAUUUGAAUUUCUUUGACGGUGUGCCGGAGUUUGACUGGUCAGAUCAGCCACCGAUACCAUAA